AUGUCUCCAGAUUAUGAAAUUUGUGCAACUGCGAAAUGGUCAUCAACUGGAAAGACGGUUGCAGGUGAGAAUGGCCCAGGUGCUAGUCUCAAUCAGCUCAAUAAUCCAUUUGGACUUCUUGUCGACCCGAAUGAUGAUGAUGCUGUUAUAAUAGUCGACCAUGAAAAUGGACGAAUAAUGCGAUGGGCACAAGGUGAAAUCAACGGACAGAUAAUCGCGGGUGGUAAUGGAAUUGGCAACAGAAGUGAUCAACUUGCAUUGCCUCGGUAUAUAGCACUCGACAAAAAAGGUACUUUGUUCAUUACUGAGUACACAAAUAAACGCGUAAGUCGAUGGGAAAAGGGUGCGUCCAGUGGAGAUAUCAUAAUAUCAAAUAUAAACGCUAAUGGCAUUGCUCUUGGACCUGAAUCAGACGAGAAACAAUCUUUAUUUGUAGGGGACUGGUUCUCAGCAUAUAUUCUGAAAUUUAACAAGAACGGAACAGGCCGAAGGCAAAUCGUAGUCGGAAGCAAUGGCUCAGGAAGCUCUUUGGAGCAACUUUCUACUCCGUAUCAAAUGUAUAUCGAUCCACUGGGAUCUAUAUAUAUAUCAGAGUACUUGAACCAUCGUGUAACAAAAUGGAAUGCUUACAAUAGCAGUGAUUGGGAGACGAAAGCUGCUCUUGUUGCCGGUGGAAACAGUAACGGUAGCAAUUUGAAUCAACUAGAUGGAACUCUCGCUGUUACUGUUGAUCAAUCGAACAAUAUUUAUGUAGCAGAUUACGGAAAUCACCGAAUUAUGCGUUGGCUCAAAGGAGCUCAUGUGGGUGCAGUUAUUAUUGGCGGUCAUGGCCAAGGUAAUCUCAGUACACAACUCAAUCAUCCAUACGAUUUGGCUUUUGAUCGCCAAGGGAAUCUGUUCGUGAGUGAUUUUUCCAAUCAUCGCAUUCAAAUGUUCGCCGUUGACAAGAGUUCUUGCAGUGGAGUUGCCUCGAUAUUGGGUAUAAUCGCUCGAUUUAAACUAGUCGGCCUGACUAUAUUCAUCAUUCUAUUCGACAGUGUUAUCUGA